CACACAACUGGAAAAGUCUUUGAAAGUGAAGUGAGGUACCAGUGUAACCCAGGAUACAAGAUGGUGGGAAGUCCUUCAUUUGUCUGCCAGGCCAAUCGCCAGUGGCAUAGUGAAUCUCCUCCAGCCUGCAUUCCCCUCAGCUGUGGGAAACCUCCAUCUCUUCAGAAUGGCUAUAUCAAAGGAGAAAUCUUUGAGGUGGGAUCUAAGGUUCAGUUUUUCUGCAAUGAGGGUUAUGACCUUGUGGGAGAUGCUUCUUGGACAUGCCAGAAGUCAGGGAAGUGGAACAGAAAGCCAAAUCAAAAGUGUGUGCCAGCCAAGUGCCCAGACCCACCCCUGCUGGAAAAUCAACUUGUAAUAAAGGAAUUGGUGCAUGAAGUUGGUUUGGUACAAUUUUCCUGUAAGGAGGGUUAUGUCCUCCAAGGACCUUCCAUCCUGAAGUGCUUGGUAUCACAACGGUGGAAUGGCUCUUUUCCUUUCUGUAAGAUGGUACUUUGCCUCCCACCUCCACUCAUUUCCUUUGGUGUCCCUGAUUCUUCCCCUGCUCUUCAUUUUGGAACUGUUAUCAAAUACUCCUGUGUAGAUGGGUUUUUUAUGAGAGGAGAUUCCACUACCUCUUGCCAAGCUGAUGGCACAUGGAGUUCACCACUGCCUGAAUGCAUCCCCGUCGAAUGCCCUCAGCCUGAAGAAAUUCCCAAUGGCAUCAUAGACGUGCAAGGUCUUGCCUACCUCAGCACAGCCUUGUACACAUGUAAACCUGGCUUUGAAUUGAUGGGAAAUAUGACUAUCCUUUGUGGAGAAGAUGGACACUGGCUUGGAGGAAAACCAACUUGCAAACCCAUUGAGUGUCCAAAACCCAGUGAAAUCCUAAAUGGCAAACUUUUUUACACAAACCUCCAUUAUGGACAAACCAUCUCCUACUCGUGUGAUAGGGGUUUUAGCCUUGAAGGACCAAAAACUCUGACUUGUUUAGAGACAGGGGAUUGGGAUGUGACUGUUCCAUCUUGUAGUGCCAUUUACUGUGAGCCCCCACAACCUAUUGAAAAUGGCUUUGUGGAAGGAGCAGAUUACAGCUAUGGUGCCAUGAUUAUCUACAGUUGUUUCCCAGGAUUCCAGUUGACGGGUCAUGCCAUGCAAACCUGCGAUGAGACAGGGUGGUCCAGCUUUAUACCAACGUGCCUUCCCAUAGACUGUGGUCUUCCUCCCCAUAUUGAUUUUGGAGACUAUGUGAAAGUCAAAGGUCAAGAAGGAUAUUUUGAUCAAGAAGAUGAUGCUAUGGAAGUCCCAUACCUGACUCCUGAACCUCCUCAUUCACUUAGUCCAAUGGAGAGUACCUGGAAAAACAUGAAAGGCCCUACAGUUAUGCACAUACCUAACUUUUUCUAUGGUACUCUAGUUUUAUAUAGCUGUAACCCUGGACAUGAGCUUUUGGGUAAUCCUAUGCUGAUUUGCCAGGAGGAUGGGACUUGGAAUGGCAGUGCCCCUGCCUGCAUAUCAAUAGAAUGUGACUUGCCUAGCCAGCCACAGAAUGGCUUUUUGCAUUUUACUGAAAAUACAAUGGGCAGCGUAGUCCACUACAGCUGUAACCCAGGGCAUGUGCUGGUGGGCUCUAGCAGAAGACUUUGUUUAUCAAAUAGACAAUGGAGUGAUAAUGCCCCACACUGUGAAGUAAUUUCAUGCAAUAAACCAAACCAACUAAUGAAUGGAUCUAUUCAAGGAGGAAAUUACACAUACCUGAGUGUGCUGCAUUAUUCUUGCAACCCUGGGUAUGAACUGAACGGCUCCAACAGAAGAACGUGUCAGGAAGACAGUCAGUGGGAUGGGAAUGAACCAAUUUGUGUCCCCGUGGCCUGUGGUGCACCCCCAAUCUCAGAGAAUAGUCAGGUGAGUGGGAAUGAGUACACAUUCCAAAAGGAGAUUGUGUAUACUUGCAAUGAAGGAUUCCUGCUUAAAGGAUCUAGUAGCAGAGUUUGCCUGGCCAAUGGGAGCUGGAGUGGCGUCACUCCAGUCUGUGUGGCUGUCAAGUGUCCGGUACCACCACAGAUUGUCAAUGGGGAAGUGAGUGAACUGGAACACAGCUUUGGGAAGGAAAUCGAUUUCCACUGUCAUGAAGGCUAUGUAUUGCAUGGUGCCACAAAACUAACCUGCCAGAUGGAUGGCACCUGGAAUGGAGAGGCACCUCUCUGCAAACCAGUCAACUGUGGCCCUCCGGAAGAUCUCUCUCAUGGAUUCCUAAAUGGUUCCUCCUUUUCUUAUGGAGACUACAUAGAGUAUGUGUGCUUUCCUGGUUAUGAGCUCCUUGGCCCUCCUUUGAGACAAUGUCUCUCCAGUGGCUCCUGGAGUGGUAGUCCCCCUUCUUGCCUGCCCUGUGAGUGUCCUAUGCCCGUGAUUCAAAAUGGCCUCGUUGUUGGGGAAGAUUUCAGUUGUGGAAAAGUUGCGCAGUUUCAAUGCCUUGAAGGCUUCAAGCUUCUGGGGUCUUCUGAAAUUACUUGUGAAGCAGCUGGACAGUGGAGUGCGGGCUUUCCGCUCUGUGGACGCAAUUCUUGUGGUCCCCCACCAACAAUUUUGAAUGCAUUCAUCAAUGGGAGCAGUUCCCUGGAGGAGAAUGCAAUAACCUACAGCUGUAUGACUGGCUAUGUCAUGCAGGACAGGUCUGACCUGAUUUGUACAGAGAAAGGGACAUGGAGCGAGCCCUAUCCAAGCUGUGAGCCUCUCUCCUGUGGACCACCACCUGCUGUAGCUAAUGCGGUAGCAACUGGAGAGGCACAUACUUAUGGAAGUAAAGUACAUCACAGGUAAGGUAACAACUAUAAAGCGGGGUUUUCUUAACCUUUGUCAUGUCCUAGGCCCUUUUAAUAAUAUAAUGAAGACGAUAGAUCCCUUCUCCAGAUAAUGUCUUUAAAAUGCAGAUGAUAAAAUAUAUUUUUACAAAGGAAACUAGCCAAAUUGAAAUAUAGCUAUCAAAAAAAAAUUAAGCCACAAACCCCCAGAUU